GCCUUAUUCCUAGGGUAACGAUGGGUGGUUUGGAUCGAUCCGUGGUUGAAGUAUAACCUCAACCUGCUCGUGGGGCCGGACUGGCGGUGGUCAAUGCCAACGAAUGUAUACCGCAGCCGCGUCGUCUGUCUGUCUCUCUCUCUCUCUCUCUCUCUCUACUCGUAAUCGUAUGACUUGUAAGGGAUUGGAUUUGUGAAUCAUUUCCAACGACUAUCCCAGUCGGUCUAGUUCCCAUUUUAUCACUUCCUUGACCAAUCGUUGCGUUGUUCUGUUCGAUUCGAUCGAAAUUUGUGCGACCUUACAGAAAGUCAGAUCGAUUAUUCGUCGGAAGGCCAAACAAGAGCUCCGACCGAGAAAUAUAUGAUCCAUGGUGAAGGAGACGGAGUACUACGACGUCCUCGGGGUUAAUCCCACGGCAACGGAGGCUGAAAUUAAGAAAGCUUAUUACAUCAAGGCACGACAGGUCCAUCCGGAUAAAAAUCCAAAUGAUCCUCUUGCAGCACAAAAUUUUCAGGUGUUAGGAGAAGCUUACCAAGUACUGAGUAAUCCAGAGCAAAGACAGGCAUAUGAUGCUUAUGGGAAAUCAGGAAUCUCAACUGAUGCAAUCAUUGAUCCUGCUGCCAUCUUUGCAAUGCUUUUUGGGAGUGAGCUAUUUGAAGAAUACAUUGGACAGCUUGCCAUGGCAUCAAUGGCUUCUUUGGAUAUUUUCACAGAAGGGGAGCAGUUUGAUGCUAAGAAGUUGCAAGAGAAGAUGAGGAUUGUUCAAAAGGAAAGAGAAGAGAAGUUAAUCCAAACACUUAAAGAUCUAUUAAAGCUAUCUAAUGCAGCUUAUGGCGUUGACAUGUUGAACACAAUUGGCUACAUCUAUGCAAGACAAGCAGCCAAGGAACUCGGUAAAAAGGCAAUCUACUUAGGUGUUCCAUUCAUAGCUGAAUGGUUUAGAAACAAAGGUCAUUUCAUCAAAUCACAAGUUACAGCAGCAACAGGUGCACUUGCUUUAAUUCAACUCCAAGAGGACAUGAAAAAACAGCUGAGUGCAGAGGGAAAGUACUCAGAGGAAGAACUCGAAGAAUACAUGCAGUCACACAAGAAACUAAUGAUUGAUUCCCUUUGGAAACUCAAUGUAGCAGACAUCGAAGCCACACUUUCACGUGUCUGUCAGAUGGUUCUUCAAGAUAAUAGUGUGAAAAAAGAGGAACUGCGUGCAAGAGCUAAAGGAUUAAGGACACUUGGAAGAAUCUUUCAAAAGGCAAAAACAGGAAAUGGAAGUGAAGGUGAAAUGUUACAUGGUGGAAGUGGAAUGCAUAACAUUAAUGGAGUUGAUGGGGAUAAUGUUUCAAGAGGUGCAGAAUUUGGUCAAAGCUCUCAAAGUCAAACCACCAUGGCACCUCAGAGUCCAUAUGUGGAAGCUCCACCGUUUGCGGGUGUUGAGAAUUUUCACUUUCCGAUGCCGACUGCGCCACCUGGAGCUCAGAGGUUUCAGUGAAGAUGGAAUGAUGAAUGAUGGUAUGUGUUGUAUGUAUCAUUGUGGUAAUGGAGUUGAAUUUGUUUGUAUUUGUUGAGUGAAUAUUCAUGUGAUGUGAAGUUUGGAAUGGUUUUUAAAGCACAUAUAAUGUAUUUGUGUUAGAGAGAUGUGCUUAUGCCUUAUGCCUUAUGUUUGGUUAGGAUUUGCUGACAUCAGCAUGGUUUAUUAUAUACUAUUCACUAUUGCCUCUUGUUUGAAUUUUCCUGUUAGGGUUAAAAAGGU